AUGUCGCCACCGCUACCACAGCCCCUGAUUGAUAGCUCAAGUCACGCGAAACUGAUAGCAGACCACACACACGACCCUCCACGCCUCCCUAAGCUCCGCCCCUUCGGCCCCGCCCACUUUCGCAGCGCCACGGGUCCCCGGCCCCGACCAGUCAGUCUCAUAGUGGGUACCAGUUAUGCUGGACAUGUGCUGACUGGCGGUUCUGUGGGUUUCUUUGUGACUGUGACUUGUCAGUGUUUUGUGAUGCUUCUCGGUGCGAUGCCCGAGGAAAGUGCAGCCGCUGGGUUACUCGUGCCCACGGCGAAGACGCGCGCCACUGACUUUUCGAUUGCCGCUAUCAUGGCGAGGGGAGCCGUUGCGCCGCCGGACGCCGACGCCAGAGACCUGCAAGGCGACGGUGCAAUCUCGAGAUCAAGUUCUCCCGACAUCGAGGAUCCUCUAGAGGAUGACGACAUAGAAGUUGACGUCGAAGAAUGCUCUGAUAGCGAAGCAACGAGACCUAAGCCCAAAUUGCUUCGACAAUCUCCAGCUAUUUCGGACUGUGGUUCCGAACCGGCAGAUUUAGACCGAGAAUCGCCCGACAUAGUUCAAGAGAAACCCCUUCCCAAGACAAAAAUAUCCUGUAAUUGCGAUGAGCUGCUUAACGUUGAGUGUCAUCUAGAAACCAAAGACCUUUGGGACAAAUUCCACGACCUUGGGACAGAAAUGAUCAUCACUAAAACGGGAAGGCGAAUGUUCCCAACUUUGAGAGUUUCCUUCACGGGCAUCAGGCCGGAUCAACGGUACGCGGUGCUCCUGGACAUCGUUCCCGUUGAUAACAAGCGUUAUCGCUACGCUUACCAUCGAUCUUCGUGGUUGGUGGCGGGAAAAGCGGAUCCUCCGGCUCCGUGCAGGAUAUACGCACAUCCGGAUUCUCCCUUCUCCGGAGAACAACUUCGAAAACAAGUUGUCUCCUUCGAGAAGGUCAAGCUGACCAACAACGAGAUGGAUAAAAACGGACAGAUUGUUCUGAAUUCGAUGCACCGGUACCAGCCCCGAAUCCACAUCGUCAAAUGGAGGGAACACUCGGGACCCAUUACGGACUUGGAACAGGAGCAGUACAGGACAUUCAUUUUCCCGGAAUCUGUUUUCACAGCAGUUACGGCCUAUCAAAACCAACUCAUCACAAAAUUGAAAAUCGAUUCCAACCCAUUCGCAAAGGGUUUCAGGGAUUCGUCCAGGCUCACAGACUUUGACAGGGAACCAAUGGAUAGUCUUUUCAUGGACCAGCACUUCCUACGGUCUUCACUUCGAUUGUACUCAGGCGAUUCUCUCGAUGCCGAGAACAACAACGCCGGCUCGCUGUUUUCCGCCGCGAUGAUGGAAAAAGCCCGGGCCCAUAUCCAGAUGUGGGGUCGUGCGUCGGGCGGCGCUCCUUACAACCCCAGCGAAUUGCAUGCUUUCCUGCUCAAUAGCUCACCCAGCCAGCAAAUAUACCUUGGUCAACGACCUUCUGUUCCUCUGGGUUUAACGAGUCAACUGUGGAGUCAGGGCGGCUCCUCGUGGCAGUCUCCCAUGCACGGGGGUCUCCCUCCCGGCUUGUUGGGGCCACCGCCGCCCCACCGCCCUCAGAUGACCCCUCCACCCUCUUCCACCCCCAGUUCCUCGGGAUCGCCCAGUCCCACCGCCGUCAGUACUUCCGAUUUGAGGUUACCUAAAGCUGUGUUCCCUUCGUCAAUGCAUCGUUUUAGCCCGUACGCGUCUCCCUUACCCCGUCAGACCUCUUCUUUGAGUCCCAGCUCCAGGGCCGGACACUGAUAGAAGAGGCAGCCUUUGGUUCACGCCAAAUCCUAAACCAAAGAGUCUUUCCGCAAGACGCUAAUUGUGAGAUUAACUGUAAAUAAAACUGUCGUUGAAAUUAUUUAUUCGUGUAAAGAUCUAGGGAGUCUUGGUAGAGUCAUUUUUUUAAUCUCUGUAAAGUGUACGUGUAAUUAUAUUUUGUACAACAGAUAGCAGUAUUAUUGUACAUAAUUAUUGGUGUAGUACUUAAGUUCUCCGAUCAGAGAACAGAAACGUUCCUUUUGAUGUUGGUUCUAUAGCAGAAAUUCUCGAUUUUUGAGUUUACGUAACCAUUCCAUAUCAGGACAGUAGUACUAGUUCUUGGCUUCAUAAUCAUUUCAAAGGUUGCUAUAGAAUCAAAAAACUGUCUGUAAGAAAUAGUUUUAUGUACUGUAAAAUGUAUAUUUUAUAAAAAAUAUCCUUC